UAUAAGGCCGCUCCAUUAUCAUGUUCAUCUCCCCUUUCCUUUCUAGGCCAAAACAGAGUAUCAGUGUUGUAUCAAUCAGCUCUUGAAAUACAAUACCUACCACAAUUAACCUCCUUCGAAACAUUACCAAUAAAGGGAAAAAGAGAAAAGUUCUAUAUGGUUGCCGACACCAUAGCCAUCAACUACCACAACGACCGGAUCUUACCCGAACCGGAUGUCUUCAUUCGCACCUCCGCCGGAACACGUAUUCCUGCCCACUCCAGUAUUCUGGCUUCUGUGUCGCCGGUUUUGGAGAACGUCAUAGACCGCCCGCGAAAACAUCGGAGCUCCGAAAGAAUCAUCCAGAUUCACGGCGUUCCCUGCGAAGCCGUAGCCGUCUUCGUCACCUUCAUCUACACCUCCAGGUGCACGGAGGAGCAGAUGGACAAGUACGGGGUUCACCUGUUGGCAUUGUCGCACGUGUACAACGUGCCGCAGCUGAAGCAGAGGUGCACGAAGGGGCUGGCACAGCGCGUGACGGUGGAGAACGUGGUGGACCUGCUUCAGCUGGCGCGUCUGUGCGACGCGCCGGAUCUAGAAGUGAGGUGCAUGAGGCUGCUCAUGCGGCACUUCAAGGCGGUGGAGAACACCGAAGGGUGGAAGUUCGUUAACAACAACGAUCCCUUGCUUGAACUCGAUAUCCUUCGCUUCAUCGACGAACACGAAACGAGGAAAGAGAAAUGCCGGAGGCACAGGGAGGAACAGAGAGUGUACUUUGAGCUAAGCGAAGCCAUGGACUGCUUGGAACACAUAUGCACCGAAGGCUGCACCGACGUUGGGCCAUGCCACGUGGACACCAGAAAGGAGAGGAGGAACCCCUGCAGCAGAUUCGACACGUGUCACGGCCUCCAGCAAUUGAUUCGCCAUUUUGCCACGUGUCAGAAGAGGAUGAAGCUGGGGUGCCUUCGGUGCAAGCGAAUGUGGCAGCUCUUCAGGUUACAUGCCUACGUUUGCCAGCAAACUGAUUCUUGCAAGGUUCCUCUUUGCAGGCAAAUUCAAUUGAAGAUGAAACAAGAGAAGAGAAAAGACGAUUCAAAGUGGAAAUUACUAGCAAAGAAGGUAGCCUCAGCCAGAGUCAUAUCAUCUUUGUCUCUUCCAAAGAGAAAGCGUGAUGAGGAAACUAAAGUCACCAUGGACAAUAAUGGCUUCACAAGUUUUGAGUUACAUUGAGUUUUAUUGCAAUAUGAUAUUAUCGUAUAUGUGAUAAUCAAUUUCGUGUUGAAAUUUUGGUUUU